ACUUCCCUUAUUUUUUUUUUUUAGAAAGGCAGAUAUCCUCGUCUGCUAGACCCGAUACUUUUACCGGUAUCGGUAUCUUCCAGUACGAGGGUUUACGACUGAUAGUCACCAUUCCUUUCGCCAGAGGCAUUUUCCUCCUUUCCCUCUCUUUCCGCCCUCCCUAGCAGCCCUUCAAGGCUUUGCUGGACCCUACCCUCUGGCUGUGUGCCACUUUCUCCCGACUCGUUAAGGGCCUUCUCUCUCAGGCGGACAUCCCCCCCUGUUCGUCUGGGCAGCAGAUAGUGCUUCCUAGGCUUUCUUGUCUACGGUCCACGAAUCGAGCGCGUCGCUUCACUGCACAUCUCCAAUUCAUAUCAUUGCCAUCAGUUCGCCUCUUCAUCUGUUAAUUAGUCAAGAUGGUUUACAUCGGGAUUCCCAAGAACUAUACGCAGUCCCCAUCUUCGUUUAUGGCGACCCCCUCUCUGACCAUUAACCAUGAGGUGACACAGGAUCUUGAUUCCACCAACGCCUUCGAAGGACCCGAGAAGCUUCUAGAGGUUUGGUUUGCCCCAUCCGCCAAUGAAUUGGGCUCGUCUCAACCAACCGGACUAAAGGCAGUGCCGGAGGAGGUCUGGAAGGACAUGCUGGAUCUCGUCAAUUGCCAGGUGCUUUCCAUUGUCUCGUCUGAGGACGUCGAUGCCUACCUUCUGUCAGAGUCCAGCAUGUUCGUCUGGCCUCACAAGCUCAUCCUGAAGACAUGUGGCACCACCACUUUGCUCUCUGGGCUGCCCCGCAUUCUCGAGAUUGCUGCUCUGUUCGCCGGUUUCCCCAAGUCCGCGGCUCCUUCCGGUGGGGUUGGUAUUGCAGCUGCCCCGUACCGUGUGUUCUACAGUCGCAAGAACUUCCUGUUCCCUGACCGCCAACGUGGUCCCCACCGCAGUUGGCGGGACGAAGUGCGAACUAUGGACAGGCUCUUCUUGAAUGGCAGCGCCUACAUGAUUGGCAAGAUGAACGGCGAGCAUUGGUACCUGUACCUGACCGAACCCAACACCUUGCUCACACCUCCGGCCAGCCCUAAGGGUGAUGAGGAGGUCACGGAGACCAAGUUUCUCCAGAUCCCAGAAGGUGGUUUGCCUCAGGGAGAUGACGCCAAUGAUGAGACGCUUGAGGUGCUGAUGACCGACUUGGACGAAGAGAAUGCGAAGCAGUUCUAUCUUGAAAAUGCCACCGCUGUCGCUGAGAAGCGCUACCGCAACUUUGACAAGGAUAACAACGACCAUGUCGACGUGUUCAGCAACAACUCAGACAUGGAUCUAGAGGACACGGAUGGAACCCGCAUUUUGCCACCGGAACUGACCACGGAAGGCCACGCCUUGGGAACUGUUGUUUCCGAGUCGUGUGGCCUUUCGGAUGUUUAUUCUAAAGAGAAGUUCCCCGAGUCGCGCAUUGAUGCCUACCUGUUUACUCCUUGCGGCUUCUCAGCUAACGGCGUCAUCCCGACUCCGGACCCAAAGGCCAAUACCCACUACUUCACGGUGCAUGUGACGCCCGAGCCCCACUGCUCCUAUGCGUCCUUCGAGACCAAUGUUCCACAUUCGCAGAAUGGCCAGACCACUGCGGGUAUUGUGAAGCAGGUGGUGAAUAUCUUCAAGCCGGGUCGCUUCACUGUGACUCUCUUUGAAAACAAGCCCAGUGAUACCGAGCUGAGCGGCAUCGGCGAGGCCAAGUACAUCGAACGGCAGGCGGCCCGUCGGAAGUCUCAGAUGGAGCACAUCGAAGGAUAUCGUCGUGUGGAUCGCAUCGUUCACGAUUUGGAUGGUUAUGAUCUUGUCUUCCGCUACUAUGAGCGGCUUGAUUGGAAAGGGGGGGCCCCUCGGCUCGGAGAAGAGCGCAUCUAAGGGGCGUCAAUUCAUCCGUCGUGCGAUCUGUUGAUUCAUCGGAAUUGAAAUCGCUUUGUUAUUACUGCCUUUUACCCACCGUGUCUGUUUAUUGCUUCGUUGGAUUAUUACAGAGCCAGUUUUGUUGAGUUUUUGCUGUUUCAAGCUACUGUUCUGACGUUCAUUGAGUACUUAUCUCGGCCUGAAUGGUUUUUCGGUUAAACAAUUUAUCAUUUGG